CCGGGUGGGCGGGAGAAGCGAGCAGCGGAGCUGCCGAUUGGCUGUCGCGGCGCAGUUCCUGCCGCGUCUUUAAGGGUGACGAAGGCCGCGGUUGGGCAAGGGGUUGGAGAGCAAAGGAGGGUGCGGGCAUCGGCAGCUGCUCCUCGGCCCGAGCGGGCGGAUGGCGGCGGUGGACGACUUGAAGUUCCGAGAAUUUGACGAUGCAGCUCAUUUGCUUGCAGCAAAUCCCGAUGCCACCACGAUAAGCAUCGAUGAGCCGGCAGAAGCCCAUAAGAAUCAGCACAGCCGUCGGCAGGAGCCGGGGAGGGAGGAGGACGAUGAACUGCUGGGGACCGACGACUCGGAUAAAACAGAGCUGCUUGCAGGGCAGAAGAAAAGUGCCCCUUUCUGGACGUUUGAGUACUACCAGACGUUCUUCGAUGUGGACACCUAUCAGGUCCUGGACAGAAUCAAGGGUUCGGUUUUCCCAGUGCCAGGAAGGAACUUUGUAAGGCUGUAUGUCCGCAGCAAUCCCGACCUCUAUGGUCCCUUUUGGAUAUGUGCUACACUUGUCUUUGCCAUUGCUGUUAGUGGCAAUCUCUCAAAUUUCUUCAUCCACCUGGGCAGGCCGACAUACCACUACGUGCCUGAGUUCAGAAAAGUCUCCAUAGCAGCAACAACGAUUUAUGCAUACGCUUGGCUUGUUCCCCUCGCUCUCUGGGGAUUCCUGAUGUGGAGGAACAGUAAAGUUAUGAACAUUGUCUCCUACUCUUUCCUGGAGAUAGUGUGUGUAUAUGGCUACUCCCUCUUCGUCUAUAUUCCCACAGCGAUCUUAUGGAUUAUUCCCCAAAAAGUGGUGCGCUGGGUCCUGAUGAUUUUCUCCCUGUGCCUUUCGGGCUCUGUUUUGGUGAUGACCUUCUGGCCUGCUGUCAGAGAUGACAACCGGAGGAUUGCGCUGGCGACCGUGGGGACCAUCGUGCUGCUCCACGCCCUGCUGUCUGUUGGCUGCUUGGCAUACUUUUUUGAUGCCCCUGAAGUGGAUUUUCCUGCACCUAUUAUCCCUGCUCACAAUGGAACAACGCUGAUAACAAAAAUUAAGUAAAUAAGGUCGUGCUGUUUCUCCACCAGUAGCUUUAUUUUUUCACUGAAGAAUGGGACGCGUUUGUGCACAAGAAGCCCUGCAGGAACUACGAGCUGCUGUGGGCGCGGGGGCUGCGCCCGGUGCCGUACGUGGCGUUCGGUCUCCCGGCUGAUUCCGCCGGAAUAAAGCGAUGCGAAAGCUC